AGAGCACGCAACUUGCUACCACUUGACGGCCGUAGGCUUCGGGGCCGAGGGAAAGAAUUAGUAAGAAUGUUUUGCAUUUAUUAUGAAAAUUAAAUAGAAGAGAAACCUGAUAUGGGCUGUGUCUGGUUUUGUGGCGGAGCGACAAUGAAAGGAAAAUCAUAUCGAGAUUUCAAUAAUAAAUCUUUAAGUCCAUCUUUAUGGUUUAUAUGUAGACUACCUAGGUACACCGGGACUACAUUGAGAGCUAUAAUAAAGGGAAAAACUUCAAAUUGGAACCUUAAAGUUAGCUCGAAACGUAGAUCGCUGUGUCCAAGGGAAAUGUUUACAGGUAGGCGUAUACUGAGUCAUAUAGGCUUUCUGGUUUGUUAUAGGGAGUACCUCAGAGGUACGACUGAAGAACCUCUUAGACCACCGCUUAUCGGGAGACUUAUAGGUAAUAGUACCUAGGUAUUUUUACCUCCUUACCCUUCAUAUCAUAGUAUAUACUCCUACAAUCACUGCGGUGACCGCACAAGGUUAGGUAGGUAUGUUGACUAACCUACAUUUUCGUCAGUUAGAAAUCAGCACUUCCCCCACAGCUCCGCGCGUCUACUACAAUGCUACAUUACGGUUGCCACUUGGCCUUUAUAAAUUCCAGGGCUCUUCUUUAGAGAAGGAAACAGAAACCAGAAAACAUAUUAGUGGACAGUAUUGGUAGUCUCGGAGAAACAACAAGAACAACGAGCAAGCUAGGCUUCCCAUACAGCGAAAAUGACUUCCCUCGUUAGAAGUUCACUGCGAGAAGAAAACUUGGUGAUUCGACAGCUUUUUGGCUAUUCCUAUUCCGACACGGGCCAGGACACGGGCCAAAUAUCCUCGCUAUCCUCGGCACACGGAGCCCGCGACCUCGGAGCCACAUUACCGAAUUCUUCGAUGAAAGAUGUGCUUUUGGUAGGAAUCGACGUCGACACAUAUCAAGGAUACGAGCAUCUUCCUAUUGAUCCACAGCUCCACAUCGGUGUUUGUAUACUGGACACCCGAGUUCUGCAUCACUUGAUACGCGAGGGCCUGGAGCCGAUGCGUGAAGCCGAUGCUUCCGAUGCUUUGGAGUCACAUCAGCUCGUCGUAGGUGACUCCAGGUACUGCAAGGCGGCAUCUCGAAGGUUCAUAUUCGGAAGUUCGCAAUCAGUACCGCUACGUGAAGUGAAGGCGCUGGUUGAGUCGCUGGUUUGCCGUGAAGGCAGGGAUAAGAUCCUGGUUUUUCACGGUUAUGACAGUGAUCGAAAGGCUCUAUCGAACCUCAACAUCCAACUGCGACCUCUAUACGUCAUUGACAACGUCAAAGCAGCCCAAUAUCCGCUAGGCCUAGCAUAUCGGUUAGGACUCGAGGCGAUGCUCGACACUUUCGGUAUCCCAUAUGCCAACUUGCACGCUGCCGGAAAUGAUGCUCACUACGCUCUGCGCUCUCUGUUAAUGAUUGCAGUUACUGACGGACAGAAAGUGGAAUUAGAGCCUAUCAGUAAGGAUCUAUUUCCGAUUUUGUCUGCCGUUGCUCUCAGUCCGAGGCCAAGUACGGCUGGAGAAAGAGAGGCAGCUUUGAGUGAAUAUCGUCGUCAAAUCAAGGCGGAGAAAAAGGCACGCGACAAGGCUCGACGGGCUGCAGAAGCAGAAAGGAGAAGAUAAGAACGUGAAGCUCGAAUCGAGACAUAGCCAAUAGGCCUACACAGGCUAUAGACAACGGCACUAUACCUGAGGUCAAGAUUCACAUCGGAGUUGAAUCUCUUAGGAGAUCCUAAUACUUCGAAUCGGAAUACGACAUCUCUAAUAAUUAAUGACAAAUUGCUUGAAGGCAAUGUAUGUGGUGGCGAUGGGUUCGGUAAUCAUGGUUAGGAGAAAAUACCAUAGGGGGAUUUGCAAGGUCUGAUAAACCAUCAACCAACGGUCAUUUGACUAUUAGCCAUUCCCAACGUUGAAAAAGGAACGAAUACUUGAGCGAGAGCUGGUAAAUAUAAAUAUCAAAAGCGGUUUAUGCGUUGAAAAAGAUAUAAACGUUGAUGCGCGCAAGCGUUGAAAUGUGUAAGCGUUUAAAAUACUUUAGGCGUUUAAAAUGUCAAGCGUUAAAAUAUA